AUGGGCAACUAUGGACUGAAAGCAAAGGAGGGCAGGGAGAUCGUGAUCGUGAUGCUCGUCUUUGGGGCGAUCUCCCUGAGUUCCACGAUUCUUCGGAUCGUGUCACGGAGGAUGAGAGACAUCAGCUUAGGAUUGGAUGAUUAUUGCAUGAUCAGUGCGACGCUGUUGAUUAUGGCAUGUACUGUGGUUGUGGUAUUGAUGGUGACUAUGGGAGGCGUUGGAUUACACGCAACCACGGGCGAGGUUGCCUUCACAGACAUCGAAUUUAACCUCAAGAUGAUUAUCGUCUGCCAGGUUCUCUACGGAAUCGGCCUCUCUCUCGUCAAAACAUCGAUGAUGAUCCUCUAUCAAAAGCUCUUUGGUACCAAAGCCAGCAUGCGGAUUGCCAUUUAUGUCACCGGUGCCAUCGUGUGGGCGUGGGGGCUGAGUAUCGUCCUCGAGUCCUUUCUGAUUUGCCACCCUGUUGCGUUCAACUGGAAUCCGACGUUACCGGGGGGCGGAUGUGGAAACCGCAAUGCAGCAUUCGUGGUAGCAGGAGUACUCAACAUGGUGACCGAUUUCAUGGUCAUGAUACUUCCAAUCCCAUAUAUUUGGAAGCUCCAGCUGCGAGUGGGCCGGAAGAUUGGUUUGUCGGUGGCAUUUUCUUUGGGCCUAUUUGUCAGCGCAAUCAGCAUGGUCCGUGUUGUCAGUCUCAUGAAGAUAGACUUCAACGACCUCACAUAUACCCUCCCCAUCCCAUUGAUGUGGAGUGUUAUCGAACAGCAACUCGCUCUCAUCGCGGCCAAUCUCCCCCUUCUCCGUCGCGUGUUCUCCAAAGUGCUUCCUAAAAGUUGGCUGGGCUCAUCAUCUCGCGGGACGGGAACCCCAUCGGGGGAGCUCAGUGCGAAAAAGCGCUCGGUACAGGAAUAUGCUCUCACUCGCAUGGACGCUGGUGCCAAUCAGAGUAAUAUAACGUCAGACAGCCCCAAAGCUGCCACUCACAAUAUCCAGACGAGGUGGAGUGAUGAUGAUGGACAAUCGGAUACGGAGUUGACGGCGAAUGCAAUGCCACUAGAUGGGAUCCAGAUAUGGAAGGAUUUUCGGGUUGACUCAACUAGAUACCUAGAAUCGAUAUCUGAUAGAAAAUAA